UUUGACAAGCGUUGGUUCGAGACAUGCCAGCACAAAAAGCCAAAGCAAAAAAGACGCCCCCGGUUUCCAAAAAAUCAAAACGCUCCAUCCUCUUACAGGAAAUCCUCUCACUCGGCGGGGAGGAAUCGGAUCUCGCUGUUAUCGCCGAUGCACUGUCCGGGUCUGAAGCGGAAGAUAAUGGUGUGCAAACGAGACGAAAGGAGCGAAAGGAAGGAAAAGAGGAAGAGGAUGAGGGAGCAUUGUUGAAAGAGUUGAUGGGCUUUAUGAAUGGUGUUGGGAUUGAUCCGAAGAAGAGUGUUGUUGAGGAAGUUGACGACGAGGAGGGUGAAGGUGAGGAUGGCGGUGAGGAUGUAGAUCAAAGUGAGGGACCCCAAGGAGGAGAACAAGAGGAGGAGGAUGAGGACGCAGAAGAGGGAGACGAAGAUGCGGAAGACGAUCAUGAGGAUGACGAAGGAGCAGAGGAAGAAGGAAACGACCAGCUCAAGUACGGAAAAGAAGAUGCAAAUGAGGUCCGAUCCAUGGUGUCCCAAUUGCUACAAGGCCAAACGGUUGACGAUAAACUAAGCAAAAAAAUGAUCUUUGAACCGACAAGCCGCUGGUACGACCAUCCACUCCCCCCCAUCACCGGCAAACCCAACACCUCAGAAUCCACCCUCCAAACCACGUACACUCGCGCCAAAACCCUCUGGACACAAGAAAGCGCCGAAUAUACAUCCCUCAAAUCCCGAUCAGCCGACAAGGACUUUAUUUCCACUGUGUUGAAGUCGGGUACUGUUACAGACAAAGUCUCGGCUUUAACGCUUUUGGUACAAGAGUCCCCGUUACAUACCCUCCAUCUCUUGCGUGACCAGCUUGUGAAUGGGAUGGCGAGGAAGAAGGCACGGAGGGAGGCGGUACUUGCUAUGGAUAGCGUCAAGGAUUUGAUGGUCGGUACAUUACUGCCUGAUAGAAAGCUGCGGUACUUCAGAGACCAGCCCUUGGAUUCUCCACAUGUCAAACCUGUGCAUUUGGUGGCAUGGUACUUUGAGGAUGGGUUGAAGAAGACCUAUUUUGAGUUUAUUCAGCUUAUUGAGGAAUUGGCCAGGGACCCCCUCCUCCACAUUAAAAACAAAAUGAUCCAAUACAUCUACGACCUCCUCUCCUCCAAACCCGAACAAGAGCAAAAUCUCCUCUCCCUCCUCGUCAACAAAGUAGGCGACCAGGACCGGAAACUUGCUUCCAAAUCCGCGCACCUCCUCUCGCAACUCUUGGCCACACACCCUGCCAUGAAACUCGUCGUCAUUAAAGAAGUCGAGCGACUCUUGUUUCGUCCCAAUGUCACGGAUCGAGCACGGUAUUAUGCUGUCACAUUCUUGAAUCAGAUUGUGUUGAGUCACCGGGAGGCGGAUGUAGCGGCUGCCAAUCGUCUUGUGGAUGUGUAUUUUUCAGUUUUUGAUGGGCUCGGCAAGCGGAUGGAGGCUGCAAAGAUGGAGACGGACAUUAAGAGCAAGAAUGGCAAGAAUGGCAAGAAGAAAGGGAAAAAGGGAAACAAGAAUGCUGGAAAAGGGGCGAAAAAAGCAGAGGUGGUUCCUCAAGAUCCCGAGAGUAUGACUCUGGCUGAUGGUAUCGACGCCAAAAUGAUGGCAGCCUUGUUGACUGGAGUCAACCGGGCCUUUCCAUUUGCAAAGAUUGAAGACGAUGUGUUUGACAAACACAUGAAAACGCUCUUCACCGUCUCCCACAUUGGGACGUUCAACACCUCCAUCCAGGCGCUGACACUCAUCUUCCAAGUCCAAUCUUCCCGCCAAUCCCUCUCUGACCGCUUCUAUCGAACCCUCUACGCCUCCCUCCUCGAUCCCCGCCUUUACACCGCCUCCAAACAAGCCAUGUACCUCAACCUCCUCUACCGGGCCCUAAAGGCCGACACGUCUCUUAAUAGAGUCAAAUCCUUUAUUAAGCGCCUUGUACAAGUCUGCGCAUACGUUCAGGUGCCAUUUGUCUGUGCGGGAUUGUUUUUGGUAGGCGAGGUGGCCAAAGUGCGUCCUGGAAUUUGGGGGAUGGUAAAUCAGGCUGAAGAGGAUGGUGAUGUGGAAGUGUUUGUCGAUGUGGAUGAGGACGGUGAGGUAUUCAAACCAGAUGUAAAAAAAGUGACGCAAGGAUAUGACGGCAGAAAGAGGGAUCCGCUAUAUUGUAAUGCGGAAAAGACAUGUUUGUGGGAAUUGACUGUCUUUUCUACCCACUUUCACCCAACUGUCUCACUCUACGCCAAAACGCUCCUCUCCGGCACACCGAUCGCCCCUCCCCCUAAUGCAACAAACUACGAUCCCCUCCAAAACCACGCUCUCAGCCGUUUCCUCGACCGCUUUAUUUUCAAGAACCCUAAAAAGGUUUCGACGGCCUACAAGGGCACAUCCCUUAUGCAACCUAGAGUCGCAGGCUUGAGUCUCUCUGGUCGCGAAGAGGAAGGCCACGAGCGGAUUCUGAGUGCGGCCCGGAAAAGAGGCGUCGUCCUCGAGAAUGAGGAAAUUGGGAAUAAACUCCCCUUGGAUGACACACCCGUUAAUAUCGUUGCGCAAAAGUGGCUCGAGAAUCCCGAAUCUGUUCCAGUUGAUGAGGUCUUUUAUUAUCAAUACUUUAAAGAAAAGGCUAGGGAUACCAAUAAGAUCAAGAAAAAGAAGCAGGCAGUGGAAGAAUUGGAUGCUGCCGAUGAUGAGGACGAGGAAGAGAUGGAUGAAGACCUGGUUUGGGAGGCUAUGCAAAAGAGUGCCGGAUUUGAUCCUGCUGGAGAGGAUGAGGAUGGUGAUGAGGACUUGUUAGGUGAUGAGGAUGAUGAGUUGAGUUUGGAAGAUAUAGACAGUGAUGAGGAUAAUGUCGAAGGGGAGAAUGAUGAGGACGAUCAUGAUUUGGACGACGUAUACAAAGCCAUGGAUGGCAUCGACGCGGCUUCAGGUUCCUUGUCUGACAAUGCCUCUGGCGACGACGACGAUGAUGAAAUGGCCAAAUGGGCCCAAGACUCAAACGAAGACACCAACAUUCCCUCUGGCGACGAUGAGUACGAUGACGAUGAUGACGAUGCCUCGUUUGCAAACAUGAUAACAGCGGAAGAAGCGUCCGACUCUGAAUCUAAGAAACCCAAAAAGCCCACACACCUCUCCACCAAAGCCCGCGCACUCGGAUACAAGGGCACGUAUUUCGACACAAAAUCUGCGUUUGCCUUUGCGGAUGCUGAUGAGUUUUUGGAAUUGAUUGAGCGAGAGGAUGGGUUGGAUACUGGUGACGGUGCAGCUGCUCCUGUGAGUAAACGUAAGGGUGAAAAGAGGAAGCGAGAGAGUGCAUCCAUGGGUCAGGGGAAGAAAAAGAGGGUUAGAUAGGUGUAUGCCUGUUUUGUAUCAUACAUGUUGAGUGCAUAGCUCGUAGCUCAUAUUUAAAUAGACAAUUCAAGCAUGA